AUGACGGCCCACUUGGAGUUUUCCAAAAGGCACCUAAAGGACUCUCAGACCAUGAGAAAAAAGAUUAUCUGGUCUGAUGAAACCAAGAUUGAAUGCUUUGACCUGAAUGUUAAGAGUCACAUCUGUAAGGGAGGAAAGAAUCGUAGACGUGGAAAGAAUGAGAACGAGCCAGAGAAGAGAGAGCUGGUGUUCAAAGAGGAUGGGAAGGAGUAUGCCCAGGUGAUUAAGAUGUUGGGUAAUGGGAGGUUGGAAGCCAUGUGUUUUGACGGAGUGAAGCGGCUCUGCCACAUCCGAGGAAAACUCCGGCAAAAGGUGUGGAUUAACACGUCAGAUAUCAUCCUGGUAGGAUUGAGAGAUUACCAGGACAACAAAGCUGAUGUGAUCCUGGUGUACAAUGCAGAUGAGGCCAGAAGUCUGAAGGCUUACGGAGAACUGCCGGAGCACGCCAAGAUCAACGAGACCGACACCUUCGGUCCUGGGGAGGAUGAAGACAUCCAGUUCGAUGACAUUGGAGAUGAUGACGAGGACAUUGACGAUAUCUAA